AUGGCCAACAUACUUCUAUGGUUCGCAAUUGUUCUUGGAGUACUCACGGCGGUUGCCGUUUUCGGUUGCCUCUUCCUGCUUGUUGUCGAGCCAUUCAUUCAACGUCGCCGCUUUGCUCGUGCUGCUCAUGUUGCAGCUCGCUUCAAUCGGGAUAAUGAUACUGCGUGCAGUGUUCUUAUUGGAUGUGAAACUAUUCUGUACUGUACUACACGUCCAUUGAAUUACUUCGACGAAGCCAAGAAACUGGAUGCAGAAAUUGCAAGACAAGCUAAGAAAGCUACAAAAGCUCGGGUCAUGGCGAACAAUGAAAAUAAUGGAAUUACGGAAAUGACUGUUUGA